AUGAUUAUUGUAUUGCUAAUAUUACUAUUUGAUGUUAAUGCAGAUUGGUACCAUAGCACUUUGGCAUUUACAUUAGCUGCAAAUAAUUAUCAAUAACAUUUGGGAAAGGAGAAGCAUGUAAGUAAUUAACGAAACAGGUUGUUUUAGAUUUCUUUACUCCUUGGUGUAUAUAUUGUCAACAUAUGGCAGGAGAAUUCAAUCAAGUGUUUGAACACUAUUAAGCAACUAGACCAGAUAUCUUAAUUGCUAAGAUGAAUUGUGAUGAGUAACAAAACUAACAUAUUUGUCAUCAUUUUGGAGUGCAUUCAUUUCCUACAAUAUUAUAUUUUCCUCCUGGAUAAGAUAGACCAACUUCAUAGUUUCAAAAUCAUAGAAGAUAUGAUUUUUUUGUUUAAUGGAUAGAUUCUUUGGCAUAGAUGUCUGAAGAGACUAAAUAGGAAAUAUAAUAAUAGAAAUUAGAGAAGAUGUUGAAAGAAUAGGAAGAAUAGGAAUAAAGAUUAAGAGAGAUGAUGGAAUUAGAGAGAUAGAAAUAGAUUGAAUUUGAAGAAUAAGAAAAAAAAAAGGAAGAAGAGAUAAGAAUUACAUAAUCAAUUUAAUAAUAAAUUGUAGAAGCUAAUACUUUUAUUGAUACAAUUAAAGGAAUGGAAAAAGAAAUCUAUGCUUUAUAAUAAUAUACAGCAGAAUUGAAUAGUAAAUUGAGUUAAAUAAAGAAAAUGCCAAAAGUUAAUGUCAAUCAUGCUUUAGUUUUUGCAAUUAUAGGAUUCUUUAUUGGAGUAGCUAUGACUUCUUGUGUAUGUUUAUUUUAAAAAACUAAUCAUGUGAAUACAGAAAAAGGGAUUUGA